CAGAGCAGAGAGGCUGAGAUGGUGAGAGCUGCAGGUCUCUGAGAGAUUCUCUUCAGCCGUUCAGCGUUGUGGACCGUUGGUCUGGACGCCUGUUAAAGGGAGAAGAUGAUCUGCAGGAUCCUGCUGCUCAUCAUCCUCAACUCAUGUCUCUGUGCAGCAACAUUUGUAGUGAAUGUGACACAGAGCUCCUAUCAGGCAGAGGAGAACCACAGCAUCACUCUGGAGUGGACCUUCACCACCACACCUGAUCGACCCUGGAGAUUUCUGUUCAUCCUCUGUGAACAGAUCACAGAUCAUAGAGAAUUAGUCCUGUAUCAGGUCCAUGAUGGAGUUGAGGUGUCAGAGGAUCAGGAUGAACAGUUUUCAGGACGAGUCCAGAGUGACAAAGACGUCCUCAGAGAAGGACGAAUCAGACUCCAUGUGUCCAAACUGAGGACUGAAGACUCUGGACAGUAUUACUGUGAUGUUCAGACUGAGGAUGGUUCUGGUUCUCAAAGAUUUCUGCUCAAUGUCUCUGACCCAAAGUCAGCCAAGAUGAUGACAACAGAACAGGUUCUUCACAGGAACCUCAUCAUUCCAGCCCCACAGGAUGAGACCAUCAGUACCGGACCCCGGUCCAGGCUGCCUCUGUGUUUUGCUGUUAUUUCCUUCAUUAUUUCUCUGAAUUUAAUUUUCAUCUGGAAACUUGAAACGGACGAGAAAUUUAAAGAGAAAUUCCUGAAAAAAGAGUCUGGAUGCCUUGCUCAAGAGCAGAUCAGUGUUCAUGUAGAUAGGAGCUCCAUUGGGCCUUCUCCCUUGAAGCUUUCUGAGGGCUCGGAUUCAAACCAGCAACUGCAGCAUCAAGGAAACCCUGGAGAAGAGCUGAGCCUUCAGUCAGAGGAGUAUGGAUGACAUCAGGUGAGUCUG